AUGUGCGUAGGGGCGAUUCAAUCAAAGUUCCCUGACGUCUUCACCAACAGUAUGGGACUGUGCUGCAAAACCAAGGUUAAUCUACCACUACGAGGAAAUCCUAGCAUCUGUGCGGAUUUCUCUACUGGUUUGAACGACGUCCUCGAGCCGAACCAAUAUCCGCUACCGCUGCCUGAGGAUAUUUUUGCGAAGGUGUCGGGGUGUCGGUAUUUCAGCCAUAUCGACCUCUUCGAUGCCUACCUACAGGUCCAGGUGGAUGAAAGCUGCCAAAACCUUCUCACCAUCAAUACUCACAAGGGGCUCUAUCAGUUCACUCGCUUGUCUCCUGGCAUCAAAUCAGCUCCGGGGGCGUUUCAGCAACUGGUAGACGCAAUGCUCGCUGGACUCAAAAGCACCAGUGGGUACUUGGACGACUUCUUGGUGGGUGGCCGAACAGAGGAGAAGCAUAAUCGAAAUCUUGAGCUGGUUCUUAUUCGUAUCCAGGAGUACGGAUUCACCGUUCGAAUCGAGAAAUGCAGCUUCAGCAUGCGUCAAAUAAAAUAUCUGGGACAGAUCUUGGAUAGCGAUGGCAUUCGACCGGAUCCAGACAAAGUCGCCGCCAUUGCCAACAUGCCACCACCAAUCGAUCUGCCGUCACUGAGAUCGUAG